AUGCAACCAAAAAACAUAACAUAUUAAGGAUUGCCAGGUAUCUUUGAUUAAGAGUAAAAGCCCAACAAUGUGAACUUAAAUAUAAAUAAUGCGUUUUUAAUGGUCAGCUAGCAUAUCAUAGAUCCUAAAAGUGAAGUCACUAACUCAUAAUUGACAAAAAUUUUUAAUGAUAUAUAAAAAUAAAUGGAAUAAAAUUUGGAAAUUUAAAAAACAACAACUGAUAAUAUUUAAUAAGUACAGGAUAACAAAGUAUAUCCUGUUGUUAUAAAAGCAAAAAAAAUAGAUGGACUUGAUAAUUAACCAAAUCCAGGUGGUUGGAAUAAGUAACUAAGUCUUUUUUUAAGAGUAUUGAGAUAAUAUCUUAAAGAUUGUGAUUGUGAGUUAAAAUUCCACAUCAAUGAUAGUCAAUUAGAUCCAUAAGAGAAAUAGUAUGGAAUAUGGAGAAUGUUAACAUUAAAUGACACAACAAACUUUAAGUAUUGUGCUAUUUUUAAGAAUUACUAAUUAUCUUACACUUAGCUAAUGAAUAAUCCUAACGAAAUAAGCUAUUUAUGCGAUUUAGUAUAAUGGGGUGUUUUUUCUGUAAUGAAAAAUAAUUUUAAAAAAGAAAGUGUUAACAUUUUAGGUAUAAGCUAAUCUGCAAAUUCUAACUCAGACAUAGAAGUACACUUUAUACUGGAUGAGUCGGAUAUUGAGCAUAGUAGUAAAACAGUUAAUUUCGAUGCUUUAAGUAAAGAAUUAACUAACACUAUCAAAACAGGAUUUUGUUCAAAUAUUUCAGUCUGUUAAAAAAAAGUAACAAAGACUAUUACUCUUGCAUAUAGUUAAUUCUUGAAAGAUUAUUCUAGGGGUUGGGAAAAUAUAAAAAUGAAAUCAGAUAAAAGAGGUAUAAAAAAUGGAUAAAAAUAAGAUUACUUCUUCCCAUUUUCAUGGUAUGGAUUUGCAGUUGAUGUUUCAAAAUUGGAUCCUUAUGACCAAAAUUGGCUUUCUAUGGAAGAAAAUAAUCCCAGAGCAUGGCCAGUUGGAUAUUUACCAGCAACUAUAAAUCCUUUAACUCCAUAAGAUAGGCUUUAAUAUUCUGAAUCAAAAGAUAAAUUUACCUAAAGUGAAGUUGGAAGUUCUAUAACAGUUUAUCGUAAACCUGAAGAAAUGGAAUAAAAAUGUCAUAUUAUAACUGAUCCUUUAACAAAUUUAAAGUAUAAACUUGCCUAUCUUUGUAGAAUCAACAUAGACACACUUAAAUGUCCUGAAAAUAAUUAAAAUAUAUAUUUGAUUUCAAAUUUAAAAGAUGUCCGUCCUUACAGGAUCCUUAUGAAAAAAGUUAAUUGA